ACGUUGCUCAAUGCUUACAGCUGGUAAAUGCGAGAGUUGAGAUAAUGGACGCGUGCGAUUUCGUGCUAGAGAUUGUUCGUACAACUGAAGUCCUCAACGCCAUGCCAAAUUUAGAUUAUCAGUCUUGCUCCGUGUAG